AUGAGGCCGUGGCAGUGGGCGCAGGUGUGGAUGUGGCUGGCUGGGCUGGGGACCAUAGAAUCAGCUCCCAGCCUGGAGAGUGCCAAGGCCUUGACCCGGGGAGCAGAGUCUCCACUCUUCCUAGACAGACCUGACUUCUUUGAUUACCCAGACUCGGACCAAGCCAGGCUCCAGGCCCUGGCCCAGUUCAUUGGAGAGAGACCUGUCAUCUUUGUUAACUCAGGUUCCGACUCCAGGCUCUUCCAUCACAUCCUGGUGGGCGCUCUGGUGGUGGCCUUCUUCUUCCUGCUUUUCCAGUUCUGCACACACAUGAGCUGUGAGAAAGGGGCCUAA